GGAUGGCGCAGGUUCUAUAUGAACAUGUCGGUGUAUCAGUGCUCGCUGUGUCGGCGGACUGUCUUCUCUGGCAGAAGGAAACAUGUUUAUGAGAAGGGACACCAGAAACGCCUCGCAGAUGUUCUCAAGGAGUUUGGCAGCAAGGUGGAUGCUGCACGGAAGAUGAUUAAAGCCGCUUCAGUUGUAAAGUUUAAUCCUCAGGAACAUGAGAAGAAAUUCUGGUGUCACUGCUGCGGCAAGGAAGUCGGCAAACACACUAGUGAUGGGAAUGUGACUGUGCUGUAUGGGAGCUUCUUAGAGCACUUUCAAAGUUCAGAACAUGCAAAAGCGGUGAACAAGUUCUGGUGGAUCCACCAAGCAGAAGCAAAAUUAAAAUUGCGAUUUAUUCUUACAUCGGAAGACUAUGAAAGGUUCAAGUCAUCUGUGGUGAAAGCUCUGGAAAACUAUGAGGAAACAGAGGAUACGCUAAUUAAAGAGGUUGCAACGAAGAUCCGAGAAACUGAACAGAGACGACUUGAAAUGCUUCAGAGCGUUUUAGAGCCUGUAAUACAUCCUACUGAAGAAAAAGAGAUGGUGACCAGGAGAAGCAGCGAGCAAGUCCUGUCCCGGGAAAUGGUAGAUCUGGAUUCGGAAGAGCCUGGACCCAGCGGUGUACAUUUAACAUCGCCUGAAAUUGUACAACCACAUGUGACAUUUAUUGGUCAGCAGGUGAUGUCCCUAGAGGGAAAUAUACAUACAGGUGCCAUCCCGCCUUGGAUGUUACCUGAUGAAAAGGAACAAGAGGAAAUCGGACCAUCACAUGCAGGCUUUCUCAAGCAUAAGGAGAUAAUGAAGUUGAAGAAACUGCCACCAAACCGAGUGGGGGCAAACUUUGACCACAAUGCUCAAACAAAUGAAGCCUGGCUUCCUUCCUUUGGCAGAGUGUGGAACAAUGGAAGACGGUGGCAGUCUCGACAUCAGUACAGGAAAGAGGAGGAGAACACGGGUCCAAAAAGGAGAAAGUAUGAAGAAAUCUAAAUGUAAAGGAAAUCGGUCACUUGAAUGUUUAUACCUGUGUGUAUAUAUAACUUGGAUCUGCUGUUUUUGUAUAAACUGUACAUAUAUACUGACAAUGUAAAAUUUUUUGUCUUGUAAUUAAUUUUGUCAGUAUGUGUCAUUCAGCAUAAUGAACUUUGUGUGUGGCAUGGACUAUUGUUGUUUCCUUUGUCAUUACUUUGCUGUUGAUAUAAAAUGUUCUUUAAUGUGUAAAAA